UGCAAGGCAAAGAAGGCAGGGCACUGUGCCUGGCAAGGAAGAGAGCCUGCCCAUGUGCCCACCACAACUAGCAGUGGCCGAGAAGGCAGCAAUCCCAGGCCAUGGUUGUCCAAAUGGAAUCCAGAACUGGGUGCCAGCCUCAAAGGGGAGGGCAUUCUGCCCACCUGAGGCCUGCUAGGGCAGAAGGCUGGGAUUGCUUGGCAGCAAAAGCAUUGGCAGUGCUCAAAAGAAAGGCACUCUUCCCUUUCCUCUCCUUCCACUUUGUUGCUGGGCAUUACUUUGUUCCCUCAGUGCCCAGCGGCCCCAUGCCUCACUUCAGCAGGAUCCGGACUUUUGUGUUGGAGUUGGAACAGGCACCGGGCACCGGAGCCGUCUACCAUGCUGGGGAGCUGCUGUCUGGGCAGGUGGUACUGGAGGCAGCCAGGGGACUCAAGGUGAGAUCUUUGCUGGUGUGCGCCCGGGGGCUGGCCACGACCCACUGGCUGGAGGGCAAGAGCGUUGGCAUGAGCACCGUCUACAGCGACUACACUGCCCACGAGACCUACCUGCGAAGGCGACUGCACCUAAUCAGAGGUGAGAGCUGUCCCCGAAGGGUGUCUUGUCCUGGAAUGCAAUUUUAAAUGUCUGUAGUUGGCACAAGCCCAGGCUAUUUGGCAGACUGUAUCCCCCCUCAUGAGCCACCCUGGGAUCUGAGAUCCUCAGGAGGGGAUCUUCUCUCUGAGCCAUCACCAUCACCAGCAUGGACCGUGGGUAUGCAAGAUGGGGCCUUCUCAGGGGCUGCCCCAUUUGGGAGCCAACUCCCUGCCCAGGGAGGCCCAACAGCCUCUUCCUUGCUGUCCUUCCGCUGGCAGGCUAAAA